CUUCUAUCUACCGCUGUACCGCACUCGCUCUUGUUUGUUAUGAGCUUGAACUAUCCCUAAAAGAUUUCAAAGUUCGAAUUGAGGAAUAAAUCGAUUAAAUACAAAAGUUAGCAGCUAUCCAGCAAUUGACACGAUCAUACAGUGCACCAUGAGAGACAUAAAUUUGACCAGCAAAUGGAGCAAUGAAAAUAAAUCCCGGCAAAAUGCCAGUGUAACUCCUAACAGUACGUCGAAAGCUACACCAAAAGACCCCCUUAAUUCAUCAACGACCAAUGUGACUAUUGAAAUGAAAACAUUCAUCACUCCAAGCAAAAGAGGAAAGGAUGGAUUUGCAACUCCAAAGAGUGCUGCAACGUCCCAACAAAAGCCUGGCCAGUCUAUUUCACAAAGAAAAGCCUACGCUUCCGGUACUGACUCCACAACGACACCUGUUAGGAAUUUCACAACCCCCAGUUCUUCAUUCAAAACGCCUGAUUUGGUCAGGUCAAAUUCAGUGAGUCAAAAGCGGAAGCUAUUCAACACACCAACAACCAAGCAUCCUGACACGCCAAUUCCUAAAAAGAAUGCAAACCAAAGUCUGCACACUUCAAUGGUGGAGUCUGAAGAGGAAUGCAAUGUAACUGUCGCAGUGCGAGUCAGACCCCUAAAUUCAAAAGAGCGAGGCGAGGGCAGCACUAUUAAAACUGAUGAAGAAGGUGUUGUCACUGUUGAAACUUCAGAUGGCUCAACCCUUAGUUACCAAUACGAACACUGUUUUGGGCCUGAUGCUACUCAAAUGGAGGUGUUCAGAGACUUGGUUCACCCACUUCUGACCAAAGCUCUAGAAGGUUACAACGCUUGUCUCUUCUCCUAUGGACAGACUGGAUCUGGCAAGACAUUUAGCAUGAUGGGCAUUGAAGCUGUUGACGGAUGCAAAAUGGGCCGAGAAGCGGGCAUAAUCCCUCGCUUUGGGUUUUCUCUCUUUGAGAAGAUCAAUAGAGGCAAGCUGAAGGUGUCUAUAGAAGUGUCAUACUUUGAGAUCUACAAUGAAAAGAUCCGAGAUCUCCUGAGUGAUGAUCUGGGCCCCAGCCUGCGCCACCAGGCCAAGCCAACGCUCAGAGUCCGGGAGCAUCCCCAGGACGGCCCCUACGUGGAAAAUCUCACCGUUCAGUCAGUCAGCAGCUUUGAUAGUCUCCAAGGUUGGCUCCGUCUUGGUUUGAGUCGCAGAGCAACGGCCGCUUCGGCAAUGAACGACAAAAGCUCCAGGUCUCACAGCAUUUUUACCAUCACCCUGACGCAGGGCCCCAAAAGGAGUAAGGUGCACCUGGUGGAUCUUGCAGGCAGUGAGCGUCUGGUGAACACCUGUGCCACAGGAGACAGGCUCAGGGAAGGUGUGCGUAUCAACACAUCCCUUCUGACGUUGGGAAAGGUGAUCAACGCCCUGGCGGACAAGACAAAGAAGUCCUUUGUGCCUUAUAGGGAUUCAAUGCUGACCUGGAUCUUGAGUGACUCUCUCGGAGGGAGCGCGAGGACAGUGAUGUUGGCCACCGUCAGCCCGUCCAGCGUGUACGUGGACGAGACACUGGCCACCUUGAGAUACGCGUGCCAGGCGAGGGCCAUCGUCAACAAACCGCAAAUUCAACUCCAGCAGGGUGCCACUCCUCUGAUGCAACGGCAGCUGCAUGAAGAGAUAGACCGAUUGAGGCAGGCGCGAGAGGAGUACGUGAAGCGAGGCGCAGGACAAGAAGUGGAAGCGCUCCAGACGGAAUUGUCGUCGGUCCGACAGAAGCUGCGGCAGGUGGAGGAGGAAAGGGCAGAAUGGGAGAGCAAGGUUAAAGCCUCUGAUCUUGACCGCUCGCGCCAGCUCGCCGCGUUGGCCCGCAAAGGAAUCACGACCAGUGACAGGCCGGGGCUAAUUUUGCUCACCUCUGACCCGUCCUUGUCGCUAUAUUAUGCGUUGCCCUCUGAGGCCAAGCCAAAAAUGGUGCUUGGCAGUGCUCAGCCACCCGCUGACAUCAUACUUGACUCACCAUUAGUCGCCGACAAUCAUUGCUCUCUGGAGUUUAAGCAAAGCACUUUCUGGCUGACACCCUGCGAGGGGUGUGAGACGUAUGUCAAUGGCGCGUUAGUUUCUCAUGAGACGCCUCUCUCGAACCGGGAUCGUGUCGCCCUGGGAGGCGAUGUCUUCCUUCUUCUCAACACCAACAGCCUGGACGUUUGUGAUCUAAGCAAUUUCGCACCCCUGGUCGAUUACGAGUUUGCUAGGAUGGAACUGAGCCUGGCGCAGAACGCGCGGCUCAAUAUGGAGCUCACUGCGGCCAAGCAGAAGGCUCUUGCUGAACUGGAAGAUAAGAAAACGCAACUCGAGAAGCUCGGAGCGUCAAAGGAUGCUGCGGAAGCGGAACUCAAGUUGAUGAGAGCCGAUCAACAGAAGUUGGCUGCCGCUUUGAAGGCUGAAAUCGAGGCUGAAAAGAAUAGAAUCGAGCAAGCAAUGGCGCCCUUGAACAUGAGCAUCGCUCCUUCUUUCAACUCAGACCUCAUUCAAGAACUGCGAUCUCUUGAACAGAUGUCAUCUCCUCCUGUAAUGGGACUUCACGAAAUACACUGUUUAGUGAAGGAAGCCAAUCAGCGUUGCAAGCAUUUAGGAUUGGAUUAUAAAUUUGCUCAAGUUCAAAAGGCGAAUGCUGACCUGGCUUCUGACCAGCCAGCUCUGCAACCAUGCAUCAAAGUCAGAGUCUCAGACAAAUAUUCAACAAUAUGCAGCCACGGAUUGUUCAUGGAAGUGCUAGGGAACAUCAGGGAUAGCGAAGGAGAGACCAUUACAGAAAUUGAUUGGCCUAGACAGUUGGAGUGGGCUGAGAAUUCUAGCGACUCUCUGAGCUCGGAAGAAAGCAUAUUGGUUGACAUGGCACCUUUCAACCGACAAAAACCUGUGGCAGCCGCAGCAUCAGCAGGCGUCGACCCAGAGAAGUGUUUUGCCAUCCUACGCGAAACUCUUAAGCAGCUUCAGAGUGUAGCUUUCAAACACCCAAAGGCGGACACAUAUUUAAGAAACAUCUCCGACUCCAUUUGCCAACUGGAAAGAGCCUACGUUCACCCAGAAUUUGAGUCAUUCCAGUCAGAAGUCUCCAGUGUCCAUAGCGAAAAGUGUAACGACACAGCCAAGUCCGACUCGUGGCUGAGCGAGGCGCUUGAACGAUUACGCAACACGUCAGUCACCUCAUCUGUUGUUUCGUCGGCCGCCUCAACGUCCACGCUACUGCACUCUCCGCCUUCGAUAUCUGCGAUUCCAGCAAAGUCCAACAUCAGGCAGCCUUCCUUGGCUUAUUCUCCUGGCAAAGAAGUUAGAUUCAGCAUUAAGCCUGCAAGGAAGAGGAGAAGUGGUCCGAAGGAAAAUUGAAAGCUUACGUUAUUUUUUUGCCAAAUGUGGACUCUUCAUUAUCUAUUCACAAGAGCAAUUUUUGUCUUAUGCUAAUGUACAAAGUUGGGCUCUGCGUUAUUACCAAAAUAUUUUUACAGGAAUAGGCGCUGCGUCGUGUGCUAAAUUGUCAAGCGCAAUUUCUAGUUGAUAAAACAAAUGCGUACUUAUGAUGUUAAGUUAUAAUCCUUUUAAGUGUGACAAAUUGUUCAUGAAGAAUAAAUACACGUAACGAACAA